ACCCCCCGGGUCCGAGUGACCCGCGGGGCUGUGAGCGACCGCGGGGCCGCGAGUGACCCCCGGGCCCGAGUGACCCGCGGGGCUGUGAGCGACCGCGGGGCCCCGCUGCCGCUGGGAACGGCCCGGGGAGCCUCGGCCCGGCUGCUUCGGAGAGCGAGGGGAGCGGAGGCUGGGUCGGAGGGGCAUUCGACGGCGGCGGACACUGCAGUCCCCUCCCCUCGGAGUCCUCCUGAGGCUGCCCGGCCCCGCCAUCCCGCGCCGGGGGCCCGUGCGUUUCUCGGAUCGCGAUGCCGCUCGGGAGCGGCAGCGCCGUGUCAUUGUCCCGGCAGGUCCAGGGCACCGGCGGCAGCAGCGCCGUCAGCAAGUGCUCGGCGGCAGCGCGGGGCUACAUCCAGGACCGGUUCCUGCGGCUUUUGGCGGGGCGGCGGCGGCGGCGAGCGCCCCUUAUCCACCGGGGUUAUUACAUCCGUGCCCGUGCUGUCGAUCACUGUGUUCAGGACUUCCUGCUGAAGACACAAAACCUACCCAGGACACAGAUCCUGUCUUUAGGUGCUGGCUUUGAUUCCUUAUACUUCCGUUUGAAGGAUAUGGGUCUUCUGCAUCACACUGUGGUAUAUGAGGUAGAUUUUCCAAAUGUGGCAUGCCAAAAAGCUACGCUGAUCAAAGGAGUGAAAGAGUUGUCAGCACUGGUGGGAGACACUGGAGGGGAAAGAUCAGGAGCCAUUACCUUUUCUGGAGAUGAUUAUAAAUUACUGGGAGUGGAUUUAUCAGAGCUGUCUGAGCUGGAGAGAAUCCUGGAGGAAGCAGGACUGAACAAUGAAAUCCCCACCCUCUUCAUCGCCGAGGUGGUGCUCACCUACAUGGAGAGCACCAGGUCAGAUGCCUUGAUCCAGUGGGCAGCAGAGCAUUUCCCUCAGGCGUGCUUCCUGCUGUAUGAGCAGGUGCACCCAGAGGACCCCUUUGGACGUGUCAUGCAGCAGCAUUUCAGGCAGCUGAGCACUGCGCUGCGCUCGCUGGCACAGUACCCUGACUGCCAGGCUCAGCAGAGGCGCUUCCUGGGGAAGGGCUGGACUGAGUGCAGUGUCAUGGAUAUGAAUGAGUUUUUCACCUGUUGUAUUCCAGAAGAUGAGCAGCAAAGAGUGCAGACUCUGGAGCCUUUUGAUGAGUAUGAGGAAUGGCACCUGAAAUGUUCUCAUUACUUUGUGUUGGCUGCAUCAAAGGGGAUGGAACCUUCCUGGACUCCGUUGUCACCCAGUGUGACAGUUCCUCGUCACGCUGGUCCUGUUGGGAUGGCAGGGAGUGUUCCUGCAGCAGUGUGUGCAAGGCUGUCAGGAAUUCCUGGCCUGAGACGUUACGGUCACCACUCUGUUCUUAUAAAGCCCAACAUGAUUCUCACCACGGGAGGCUUUGGGGAGGAGGGUGGACAACACUGCCGCGUGAGAAAUUUCCACAUGCUGAGUAAGCAUGCAGGCCACUGGGAAGCUGUCUGUGUGACACAGAAUAUUCCUGAUAAAAGAUGGGGUGAGAGGUUGUACCAUACUGUGUCUUGUCUCUCGGACACUCUGGCUCUGGUGCUAGGAGGACGAACAUCCCCAUCGGGCACAGGCUUGGGAAUGUUGUGGCUGAAGUUCCCCAAAACCUGUGGUGCUUCAGGCCCGGAUGACGUUGCAGUGGAGCUUGUAAGUCUGCAGCCUGCUGCUGAAGCAGCAGCUUUGCGUUGGAGACACAGCACAACUGAAAUUACAUUCAAAGGUGAGCAGUACCUGUUUGUGUAUGGUGGCCGCUCUGCUCUGGAGCCUGUGCUCGGCGAUUGGCAUUUCCUGCACGCUCCAGAACUCUCCUGCACUGCGAUUGCUGUUGAGGGUCCAGUCCCAGAAAGCCGCCACUCUCACAGUGCCUGCAGCUGGGAAGGAGGUGUUCUGAUUGCAGGAGGUCUGGGAGCAGCUGAGCAGCCCUUGGGUUCAGUUUUCCUUCUGAGGGAGCUUGAACAUGGCUUUCAGUGGCAGACAAUAGAGACACACCCUCCUCUUGUCCCAAGGUAUUCACAUACUGCACAUGUGCAUGAAGGAAAGCUUCUGCUUGUUGGUGGAGUGUGGUUUCAUGCAUCCUCUGUGCCAGGUGUCACUGUCAUCAACUUAAUGACUGGUCUCUGCUUGAACUAUGUGAUUAAUGUGGAGCACCUGGAGUGGCCAUUAAUGCUACAUAAUCAUAGCAGUGUCUUUCUGCCACAUGAGAAGGAGCUGUUGGUUAUAGGCGGUGGUGGAAACUGCUUCUCCUUUGGGACACACUUGAACCCAGAGCCUGUCUUGCUGAGCCUCAGCAGCAUCCUGACCAGCCACUGAGUGGGACCAAGCAGGGCUGAACCCUGCUACUGCUCUGUGGGGACACAUCUGUUCACUCUAGGUCCAAAAGCAGCACAACAUUUCCACAAAGGCUUUGUAUCCAGAAUGCAUUUGUGAAGGUGGGAUCAGGAGCGACAGUUACAGCGAGGGAUUCACACCUCACUGGCUGUUGUGUUUUUACAGCUCUUUGUGUUGCUGUAAAUAAAGUGCCUCAAAAGCUGGCAGCAGUAGUCCUUAGAGGUGAAGAACAGUGUGGUUUGGGUUGGAAGGCACUGUAAAGAUCAUCCUGUUCUACC